ACACCACAAUGGCAGCCACGACCGUCCCGACGCAAGACAGCAUCCUCGUCCCCGAGACGCUGCUGAAGAAGCGCAAGUCGCACGAGAGGGCUCGUGAGGAGCGCGCGAUUGCGACAAAGGAGAAGCGAGACAAGAGCAAGAAGAAGCGCGAGGUCAUCUUCCAGCGUGCUGAGAAGUACGUCAAGGAGUACCGCGAUGCCGACCGCGAGAAGAUCCGCAUGAAGCGCGAGGCCAAGAAGCAGAACGAGCUCUACGUGCCUGCGGAGAAUAAGCUGGCUUUCGUCGUCCGCAUCAAGGGUAUCAACAAGAUCGAUCCCAAGAAGCGCAAGACUCUGCAGCUCCUCCGCCUGCUGCAGAUCAACAACGGAGUCUUCAUCAAGCUCACCAAGGCCACCUUGGAGAUGCUGAAGAUUGUCGAGCCCUUUGUUGCGUAUGGUUACCCCAACCAGAAGUCCGUCCGCGAACUCAUCUACAAGCGUGGAUACGGAAAGGUUGACAAGCAGCGCCUGCCGCUGACUGACAACGAGAUCAUCGAGAAGAGCCUCGAAAAGUACGGCAUCAUCUGUAUGGAGGACCUCAUCCACGAGAUCUACACCGUCGGCCCCAACUUCAAGCAGGCCUCGAACUUCCUGUGGCCGUUCAAGCUGAACAGCCCUAACGGCGGCUUCCACAAGAGGAAGUUCAAGCAUUUCGUCGAGGGCGGUGAUCUGGGCAACCGGGAAGACCACAUCAACGAGUUGAUCAGGCAGAUGAACUAGGUACGAUAUGUAAGGGCGUUUGUGUAGAGCUGAGCUUGUGUUUCAUGCCAGCAGCAACUGGUUUGGUCGGAUAUACCACGGGGUCAUGCAUUGCAGCGGCGUUUGGGAAUGGGAUGGGCCCUGGCACGGGCCGGAAAGGUCGCCAGAACGACUUCACGAAGUUCACGUGCAGAGAAGCAUGUACAAAUUUAGCACUUCCGGUUUCGCAUGCCUCAUGGGGCACCGAAACACGACACUCAUUUUUG